AUGACAGCAACAAACAACAACAGCAACUUUAUCAUUUCUGAUGAAAAAGUUAUUGAUUCAUUAGCUGAGGAAUUAGUUGUGGCAGAAACUAAAACCCUCAACGAAAGAAUUGGUGAAAACAAGAUUGAUUUGCAUAACUACCUCAAACACGAUGGAGGAAGAGGAAGGAAAACUGGUAUGGCUUUAUUAGUAAAUAAAAUUUCAAAUUUAACGAUUAUAGAUGUUGAUAUCAAUAAAUCGUACAAUGAUGAACUUAAAGAAACAGUUAGAAAAGAUAUUUUAUCAAAACUUUCGGAUAAAGAUGUUAUCGUUAAAACCGCUUCAGGAGGUCUUCACAUUUAUUGCAACACUAAUUUCUUCUAUUCAGUUUCGAACAGAAUGAUUAAAUGUUAUUCUUGCAAUGAUUAUGAUAUUGACAUAAUGACUUCUAUGGAUGAUUCAAAGCGUUCUUUAGUAGUUAUGGCUGAUUCAAGAGUUCGCAAGAAUGCAACAGAACCAAUCAAUACAUACUCAUUCAUUCGUGGAAGUUACGAUUCAACAUUAACCAGAACAGUGAAUGAUUUAUUAAAUGAUUUGAAUAUUAAGGUAAGAGUUGAACAGAAGAAUGAAGAAAUAAAGACUAUCAUGAAUGAAAACAAAGAUGUAAACAUUGACGAUAAACUAGCUCAAAGCAUAGUCGAUGGUAUUAGUGAUUUUGAAGUACAUAAUGACGGUGGAAACAUGAAUUUAGAAAAAGAAGUUACAUUAUUCACACUGUUUCAAGCUAUUAA